AUGGCAGCCAUGAUGGGAACCGACUCAAAAUUCAUUGGUGAUAAUGCAAAGUCAGAUGAAGAGCCUUCGAUGACAUCAGAAAAAGAUUGUAUUCUAAACAUGAAAAAAAUGAUUGCCUUUGCAGUAUCCAUACCAGUUUUUAUGACGAUAGUUAAUUGUUUCAUUUUGCCUACUGCACGGACCAGGCUUCCAGAAGAAGAUUUUACUGAGCGACGCCUUGGAGGGCUAUGCUUAAAAGUAUUGAAUAGUAAUAAUUCAAGCCCCGUUGUGAGUGAUUUAAUAAUUUGGAUGAAAGCAUGUUUCGAAGCUUUAGAACGUAAAUAUCUUAGGGAAAUGAUGCUCGGUGUAAGAUAUACCAAUAGCCAAUAUCAAUUACUUCAUGAAAUCAAAUUUGAAAGUUAUAGGAUUUCAAUAGAAGAUUUGAUACAAAUUUUAAUUCUCGCUUUUGCAGUUUCAUUCAAGGUUAAGAUGAGAAUGCAAAGUUCCUGCCAUCAACUUCAUAAAGAAAUUGCAUCUUUGCAAAAAAAUAGCGUCAAACGAAAGCGUUACAUGACAACAAGCAAUCAACCGAAGAUAAAAAUCGAGAAAGAAGCCUCAUGCCUAUCCUCAGCCAGCUUAACACAGGAUGAUUCUGACGCUACCAUUGAUGGUUUAGGUCGAGCAUUAUUUAUUUUAAGCUUUUUCCAAGAUUUCCUAAAAUUAUGCUUUAAGUUUUUAUUUACGCGCAUUGCAUAA